GAUAGUGCUUACGCACUAGGAAGAAACUACUCGCAAGUACUGACCGGGCUUGCUGUUUUCCAUGAAAUGGCGGACCCAGACACCGUGAUAGAUGAAUCGGGGAAGAAAGUGUUGAUUGCUUUAGAGAAUAACCCUGAGGUCCUGAGUGGCCUUGCUGCUCGACUGGGUGUAUCGGACCGUAUCACUUUCCACGAUGUCCUGUCCCUUGACCGGGAUUUCCUAGCACAUAUCCCUCGACCGUGUCACGCCCUCAUAAUAAUGGUGCCUGCGCCAGUCUACCAUGCUGCCCGCGAUGAGUUCGAGUCUACAAUCCCCGAGUAUACUGGGUCAGGCUCGUCUGAACCCGUAAUGUGGUUUCGACAAACCAUCGGAAAUGCAUGUGGCUUGCACAGUCUCCUCCAUGCUCUCACGAACGGACCACUGCGAUCGAUGAUCCUACCAGGAUCUCUCCUUAGCAAACUGGUUGAGGAUGCUGAGCCACUGAAGGCGGGGGAGCGUGCCCAUCUAUUGCACAACAGCGAGGCAUUAGAACGGGCACAUCAAGAGUCUGCAAGGCUGGGUGAUACGGAAGCCCCGGUGGCAGUCGUGGAGUUCGGUCAUCAUUUCGUGACCUUCGUGAAAGGAAGUGAUGGUGGGCUAUGGGAAAUGAACGGUGGUAUGAAUGGACCGGUAAAGAGGGGAGAAUUGGUGAAGGGUCAGGAUGCACUCAGCGAGAAGGCCCUGAAUAUAGGGGCAAGAGAUUUCCUGGAUGUCGGAAAAAAGAUGGGGCGGAUGGACUUCAGUCUCGUUGCAGUUUGUAGCGACUUGGAUGAUUGAUGGGAUUAUAUUCCUGUGUUGCCCUCAUGGACGUGUCAUACUACUAGACGAGCGCUCCAGUAAGGAUAGAAGCUGAAUAUACAUCAUUGCUUCGGCCCUGUAGA